GGAGGAGGCAGGUUUUGUGGAUUAGGUAACGUAGGCAGCAGCGUGUGCUCACGGUGUACGCCGGGCGGAGUUUAGCUCCAGUCAGACCGUCAGACAAAGACAAGUGAUGGACUAUUGAGGACAUGUACCGGCGCUGGACACAACGUGACUGAAGGUCCGUGUGACACCGAGCUGCAGAACCACUGGAUCUCCACCAGACACGGGAACCAUCUGCUGCACACUUGGUUUUUGUUUCAUUGUUUACUCCCGUGUCACCAGUGGGAGGCUUCGCUCCAAAAGCAAACAUCGUCUGAGGCAGGGACGGGGCCAGCGGGGCCUCAUCACAGCUGUUUCACUCUUCCUGUUUCCUGGAAUUGAAUUCAACUGAGAAUCAGUGACCGUUUCAUGAGUCCACUUAAAGCCAGGAGGUGGAGCGCUGUGCCUCAUCCGCUCCGUGAUAUCAACCUUUUAAUCGAUUUCGUCGCCCUCCUGACUUCAAGAUGGAGCUUUUCUUCAACCCCUUCGACAACUUGGUGUGUAUCCUGCUGGGGAUCUCCUUCACCGUGUGGUUCACCCUGCUGCUGGUCUUCAUUAUCGUGCCUGCCAUCUUCGGGGUGUCCUUUGGCAUCCGGCGCCUCUACAUGAAAUCCUUGUUGAAGAUCUUUGAGUGGGCCACACUAAGGAUAGAGAGAGGAGCGAAAGAAAAGAAUCACCAAUUGUACAAACCCUACUCAAAUGCAAUCAUUGCCAAGGAGCCCACCUCCUUGGAGGAGGAGAUCAAGGAGAUCCGGCGGAGCGGCAGCAACAGAGACCUGGAUUCCGCCUCGGAGUUCGAGAUGUCGGACAUCUUCUACUUCGCCCGGCGGGGAGUGGAGAGCAUCAUGGACGACGAGGUGACGAAGCGGUUUUCCGCCGAGGAGCUGGAGUCCUGGAACCUGCUGACGCGCAGCAACUAUAACUUCCAGCACAUCAGCAUGAGGCUGACCGUCCUGUGGGGGCUGGGCUUGCUGAUCCGAUACGGCUUCCUGCUGCCUCUCAGGGUAACUCUUGCCUUCACUGGAGUAGGACUCCUUGUGUUCCUCACCUCUGUUAUUGGGCUUCUGCCGAAUGGAAGGAUCAAAAACUUUCUGAGUCAGAAAGUCCAUUUGAUGUGCUACAGAAUAUGUGUCAGAGCCCUGACGGCCAUAAUAACCUAUCAUGACAGUGAGAAUAAACCCAAGAAUGGAGGCAUCUGUGUUGCCAACCACACCUCACCCAUCGAUGUUAUCAUCCUCGCCAGCGACGGCUGCUAUGCUAUGGUUGGCCAGAUCCACGGUGGCUUGAUGGGUGUCAUUCAGAAGUCCAUGGUCAAAGCCUGCCCUCACAUUUGGUUUGAACGCUCAGAAGUCAAAGACCGACAUCUAGUGGCCAAAAGAUUGAGUGACCACGUCGAAGAUAAAUCUAAACUACCCAUACUAAUAUUUCCAGAAGGCACCUGCAUCAACAACACAUCAGUCAUGAUGUUUAAGAAGGGCAGUUUUGAUAUUGGUUCCACAGUUUAUCCUGUGGCCAUUAAGUACGACCCCAGAUUCGGAGAUGCCUUCUGGAACAGCAGCAAGUUCGGUAUGGUCAACUAUCUGUUACGUAUGAUGAGCAGCUGGGCCAUCGUCUGCAGCGUGUGGUACCUUCCUCCCAUGUCGAGAGAGGAGGGAGAGGACGCCGUACAGUUUGCUAACCGUGUAAAAGCAGCCAUUGCCAGACAAGGAGGACUGGUGGACCUCCUGUGGGACGGAGGACUGAAGCGAGGAAAGGUAAAGGAUACCUUUAAAGAAGAGCAGCAGAAGCUGUACAGUAAAAUGCUGGUGGGGACGCAGGAGGACCGCAGUCGCUCCUGAAGGACAUUGACGUGGAGGACGACUGACUGACUCGUGCUUCUCUGUGACUGUGAAGGCGAUCGGCUCAGGCUCGGUGUCGACGCUCCUGGACCGGAAAAACUCCCUCUCAGAUGUCAACAGUUGCUCCAUUUGGCUUCCUCGGUCACUGCCACAGCCCGGCAUGUUCUGUUUGCAUCGCGGCUGCUAGUCUUUCGGAGUCCCCGCUGCCCCCUUUUGUUGGAGUAGCUUGACUUGAGGCCUCACACAUGCAUUUGGAAUCAGAAUGAGGUGCUCACAGAAAGAGUAUUGUCUUCCUCGGUGGCAGUCUUUUUUUAGAGGGGAAACCCUUUUCUUUCUUUCUUUUGUUAUUGUUAUUAUCUAUCAUUGAGUUCCCUGACUUUGUUUGAUAGUUUUUAAUGUUUUUAAUUUUUUGUUAACGUUUACAGAGCUGUUUGUACGUGGGGACGUAGAUAAAAAAAACUUAGUUUAUACAGUUAAGCUAAAUACAACCUGUGACUGAGUUGGGGUUUCGCAUGACCGGCACAUGCCCAUGGUUUGUGGGCGUGAGGCCGGAGAUUUUGUUACAUUUACAAAUAUUUUUAUGGGCUUUUUUCCAAGAAGAGAAAAAAAAAUACUUGUAUUCUAAUUUUAUUUUGUGUUUGGCAUUAUGACUUGUAAGCAACAGGUGUGAUCACUGUCGGAGUUUAUGUUGCAGAUGUUUUUUAGGGUUUUUCGUUCCACAGAAUGUGUAAGUUCUCACAUUAUGAAGUGGAUUUUUUGUGCAGCCACAAGGACUGAGGCAGAUGAUUUAUGAUCCUUUUCAUUCAGAACUUAUUUUUAGAUACACUACGAUGAUGUAGUGUAAGAAGAUCUAUCACAAUUUGUCUCCCGGUCAAAACAUUUCAGGCGAUUUCGGUCGUCGUUUUUUUCCAUUGGCUUCCUGCCUGUGCAGGGAUCAUCGUGCUUAAAUUAUUUUAAAAGAAACAAAAACUAUUGUCUUUAUUUUCACAAGUGAUCUUUCCCCCACUUGGCAGCAGCAGCCUCUUCAGGGAGGUUUUUAAGGAGGGACAGAGUGCAGCUGUGGUGCAGGAGGAGCAGGACGGACAGAGUCCGGCCGCAGGUUUCUUUCAUCCCUCUGGUCUUGCUGUGAUCAGGGAUCGUCUUUGAGGUCAUGUCAAACCUGUUCAUCGAAAUAAAUGUUCAACAAUGUGACUCUA